CUGUACAAUGGUCUGAUAUGUUGACUGAAUAACCCGCCAUCUUGUUGUGACUCCUGUACGUGCGUGGAAGAGUGACUUCAAGGGGGAUCCAGUCACGUCUUUCCUUUUAUUUUAUUAUUAUUUUUUUAUAGACGAGAAGAUUGGAUCCCGAGCAUAAGUAUUUGAAUCUGUCUAAUUAGCAUUUUUAUUCAUUUUAUUUUCUCCAAUCGUUUUUGGACCAUAACAAGAAACAGAGAUGAGUAUCGAGACGCUUUUAGAGGCGGCGAAGUUUUUGGAAUUGCAAGCCCUGCAACAACAGAAAGCACGUGAAGAGAAUGAGCUUCAGGAAAGACGGCGCCGUGAGCAAGAGGCGGAUAAGCGGAGAGCAGAAGUUACCUCUUACACUCAGCCCAUUCAAAUGAACCAUGUGACCUGGGUGGAGGAGUCCGUCCUUGAUCAUCGCCAUAUACCUACCCCGGCCCAGGCUCCUCCCCCUCCCCCUCCCCCUCCCCCCACCAUGCCCAUCACUGUCAUCCCAAUCUCAGUGGUGUCCUCCACUCCACCUGCUCUGCCCCUGCCCCCGACCACAGCUCUCAGCCCACUGGAAGCGCCCCCCCUCACGCCACCCAGAAAAGACGCCCACUCGCUGCCAAACCAGCAGGCACUGCACCAGCGGCCCCUCAUCUCGUCUCAGGUGAAGGCAGAGCCCACGUCACUGUCUCCAUCCAGUGGCACCAAACCAGCCCAGCAGCUCCAGACCUACCCGGGCCCCAUCAUCACAGCUUCCCAGCAUGCACUUCUCCCUCAGCCUGGACCUCCUUCAGCCCAAUCCAGCCCUGCGAUCAGAGGCAGCCCGCCUAUUGACCACCGUAACUUGGAUGGCAAGAAAAGACCUGGAGGGGCAGGAACGAGAGAAGUGCACAAUAAGCUUGAAAAAAACAGACGUGCUCACUUAAAGGAGUGUUUCGAGACCCUGAAGAAGAACAUCCCUAAUGUUGAUGAAAAGAAGACCUCCAAUCUGAGUGUUCUGAGAAGUGCUUUGAGAUUCAUUCAGACUCUGAAGAGGAAGGAGAAGGACUACGAGCAUGAGAUGGAGCGUUUGGCGCGGGAGAAGAUCGCCUUGCAGCAGAGACUGGCCGAGCUCAAGAACGAGCUGAGUCAGCAGUUGGACGUGAUUGAGAUUGACCGUGUUCUUCGACAGACUGUCCAGCCAGACGAUGACCAGGCCUCUACCUCCACUGCCUCAGAAGGUGAAGAUAACAUUGAUGAAGAUACUGAAGACGAGACGCCCAUCGCCUUACCCAAAGUGCCUGCUGCGCUUCAGCCAGAUUUAAAGAAGUCUCAUCCUGUGUCAUCCCUCAUAACACAGCACAUCCACAUCCCUCACAAACCAUUGAAGACUUUACCCCCCAUUCCCUCAGCUCAGCUCUCCCCCAUCGCUGCCUCCGCUCCGAUCACAACCCCAGCAUCGGCUCCUGCCGCCCAGGUGGUGACCCCACACACACUACCUCCAGCCCAGACCCAUAUAGUGACCGCGGCCAGCCUGCAGCCUUCCGUCAUCGCCCACGCGGGAUCGACGUCACAUGCCUCCGUCAUCCAAGCGGUCAACCGCGUGAUCCAGCCGGGCUCCAAGCAUGUGACCCACAUCGCUCCUUCCUCCUCGAGCUCGGUGCAGCUGGCCCCAGGACCUCAACCCAUUAGCCACAUCACUGUCACCCAUCUUCCGGCAAUCUACCCACAGCCUGUCACAGUCACACAGCCAGCGGUCAUGAGCCACAUCGCCCAAACGCUCUCUCACAGCCAGAUGAACGGCACUUCAGUGACCAACGCGCAAGCCAAGCAAACGCCGGUGGGUGCUCAGAUGGUUACCCAUCACCCUCAACUGGUGGGCCAGACUGUCCUCAACCCCGUCACAAUGGUGACCAUGCCCUCCUUUCCAGUCAGCACGCUAAAGCUGGCCUGAAGCGCUGACAAACGGACACCCAGAGAGAGUAUAGACACUUAUAGACUGCAGCACUGCGUUCAAACGAACUAAAGGACUCAGUACAUUCCAAAUGAAAAGAAAGUAUAUAUAUACACAACGCAAAGAAAUUUAUUGAAUGUCUACUAUAUAAUGAUAUAUAUAUAAUAAAAGACAAAAAGAGA